AUGGACGGAGGCAAGAGGGUCUGGGUGCCCCACACUACCGAGGGCUUCACCUUGGGCCGCAUUGUGGAUAUAGGAGCUGAUACCAUUAGCAUUGAACCAUUUAAUGCUCCAGGAACUAUCAUCAACUCUCUGUACGACAGAACAUUUCCAGCAGAGGAGUAUGACAACAAAGAUGUGGAAGAUAACU